AAAAACAAAUGCGAUAAGUUGACCAAACGUUGUUGAAAGCUGCUAUCUUCGUUAAAUUUCAACGAAAUAAUUGAAAUACUUCGUCGUUAUAAUUAUUUAUUUUUUCGGAACUUCGUUUUAAUUUGAUGGUGUUCGAUGAUUGUAAACAAAUUACCUAAAAUGAACGAUUUUUGAAAUCCAAUCAAUAAAAUCUGCGGAUAUUUUUGAUUGAUUUUAGAUUUUUGAAAUAAAUUUUCGUUCAUUUUUUAUUUCAUUUUAUUUUUUUUAAUAUCGGUAUUUAUUUAAUCUGUAACCAAUUUUUUUUUUUUUUUUUGAAAAAUGUAUUGUUUUUGGUUUUUUGUUCCAAGUAAAUUGCGUAACUUGGUGUGUCUAGGUACCUCAUACCUACGUAUGAAGUUGAGCAUUUUAGACAAGACCUAUCUCUAUGGAAAGAAGUUGGAAAAUGUCCCAUCGUUGUUGGUUCUCGUUACUGAGUUUCGUUUUCGUUUUAACCAGUGAUUUUGUGGCGUAUGCUCAAAAUGAAAUCAAUUUGCAAGAUCAUCUGCAACCUUUGGACGUUGGAUAUAACCCCGAAUACGACCAGUUAAUCGAAAAUGACACACUGUGCUCGCGAAAUUGUACGAAAUAUCCUCAGCCCCGAAUUUGCUACUAUAAAUUGGUAGCCGAAGAGUAUCAUGCGAUGGGACCUGCUUGUAAGAAUUGCCCGAGUGUUUAUGAAGAUUGCUUUAAUCCUCAAUGUGUUACUGCCGAUGGUGUCGAAAGAGCUAUAUUGGUGUUUAAUAGAUUACUUCCAGGACCAUCAUUCCACGUUUGUGCAGGUGACCGAAUCAUCGUUGGUUUACAAAAUUCUAUGCCAGCUCGAGAAACUUCCAUUCACUGGCAUGGCGAAUUGCAAAGGUCAUCGCCAUGGGAAGAUGGCGUUCCUUUCGUUACUCAGUGUCCUAUCAUGAGCAACACGCUGUUUCGUUAUGAUUUCAACGCCUCCACUUCUGGAACUCAUUUUUACCAUUCGCAUUCUCCUUUACAAGUAUUCAACGGAUUGUCCGGUCCAUUCGUUGUACGUACCAGUGCAUUGGUAGAUCCUGCCAGUGAUCUUUACGAUUACGAUUUAUUCUCUCAUACGAUUCAAAUUGGCGACUGGAUGCACGAGUUGAUCGACACGAGGUAUCCCGGAUAUAAUAAAGAUUUAUCGCAAAUAGCAUUAUAUCCGGAUUCAUAUCUGAUCAAUGGGAUAGGAACUUAUACGGAUCCAGCUACCGGACUAGACACUGAUACACCUAUAGCUGAAUUCAACGUGGUAUCGAAUAAUAGAUACAGAUUUCGUAUAAUUACCGCUUCAUCGUCGGCCUGUGCGCUGCAGUUCGCUAUUGAAAAUCAUUCUAUGCUUUUGAUCGCCGCAGAUGGGAUGGCUGUCGAGCCAGUGAUGGUCAAAUCUCUGUAUUUGAACGCAGCGGAUAUUUACGAUGUUGUGAUAACUGCGAAUCAACCUAUCGGGUCUUACUGGAUUAGAGUCCAAGGAUAUGGCGAUAACUGUUCGUUGGCUUAUCAAAAAGCCAUCCUUAGAUACGAAGGAGUCGGUAAUUCGUUUCCUACCACUUUCAAUACACCGGAAUUAUUUGAUGCUAUGCCAAAUUUACCUGAGUUGAAUAAUGCCAGAGAACCUUGUCAAAAUAAUGCUACUAAUCUUUGCUUGGAUGAAGUGAACUCGCUUCAUGAAGCUCCAGAAAGAUUAUUAAGAGACCCUGAUCAACGUUUUAUUUUCGAAGCUGGCAUGUACAAUUACACAUCGGAAGAGUUAUACGAUACCAAUUCGUAUCACAGACAUUAUCUUCCUAGUUCUGGACCUGGAGUGACACCAUUGGGUGGAAUGUACGAAGACACGAUGAAUAAUAAAUCAAAUACGUUCCCUCCUGUCGUACUCCUGAGUGAUCCUAGAAAUCCGUUGAUAAAUCAAAGCAAAUGUCCCGAUGUCUGCCUGAAACAUUGCGAUUGCUUGAACUUGAUCAAAUUAGGGUACAAUAAUGUUAUCGAGAUGAUUUUUAUCGAUCGAGUACCUUCGUUCGCAUUUAUCAGAGAUCAUCCGUUCCAUAUUCACGGACAUCAUUGGAGUAUCAUGAAACAAGGUACGUUGGACGAAAUGGUAUCUGAUCCGGAUUGGUUCAGAGUCAAUACGACGAAUAAAUAUCCUUUAAUUAGACAGACUGUGCCAGUACCAGCUCAUGGCUUCGCUAUAGUCAGAUUUAUCGCCAAUAAUCCAGGUUUUUGGCUUUUACAUUGUCAUUUUGCCGCCCACAAUGAUAACGGCAUGCAGAUCGUUUUACAAGUGGGGGAACCCGAACAAUUUCCUCAAGUGCCUGGAGAUUGGCCCAAAUGUGGGAAUUAUUUACCUCCGGUUCAUUAAACCAAGAAUCAAUAUACCGGAUUGUUUUUAAA